CGGCGCUCCUGAUCACACGUACCAGACAAAUCAGGCGCCAUGCUGUCGUUUCAAGGCUUUACAGCAUAAAAAAUUCGGACUCGCUGGAAACGUGAAUUCUGAUAACGGACCUACUUUUGAGUUUAGAACGCCCAGCUAACAAACUUAAACUUAUAUAAUUUUUGUUUACAUUAUUAAUUAUUUGCGGUUUGUUCUGUGCAAGUGCAUUCCUCCAAUUUUCUAUUAAUCACUGCGGUUAAGUAACUGAUGAUAAAUAUUUGCGAAAAAUGAGCUGUAGGAUUAUACUAAGUAAUCCAGGAACCUACCAUCCAGGUGAUAUUGUAUAUGGAAGAGUAGUAUGUGAUUUUACAUCUACUGAAAGCUUUAGAGGUAUAAGAUGUAAAUUCCGAGGAAGGGAACAUACUGCCUGGACAGAGAGAGAAAGCUACUACGAUAGCUCUUCCAAAUCGACGAAAUGGAGAACAGUCCAUUACUCAGGAGACAAUAAGUUUUUAUCUGUCAAUCUCAAUCUUGUUGGGGAAUGUACAUUACAAGCUGGGCACUAUGAAUAUGAGUUUUCUUUUACAAUUCCAAGAAGUGGUAUUCCCAACCCAUAUAAUGGUAAUUAUGGGUACAUUAGGUACUACAUUAAAGCGAAUGUUGAUAAAGCAUUCGCUUUUGACUACGAAGAUGAGGUGACAUUACAUUUAAUUGUACCUAUAAAUUUUAAUGAUAUUCAACAUGAGUUACAACUGAGUCCAGUUAACUACCAGGAUGAAAAAACUAUAUGUUGCAUGUGUUGUGCCAGCGAUCCUAUCACCAUGGAUGUUUUUUUAGAAAAGGAAGCAUUUGUAGUAGGCGAAGUAGCAAAUAUAAAAGUAGAAGUUACUAAUAUGUCUAAUGAAAGUAUUUCCGAACUUAAUUUAACGCUGAAAAUGACCAUAGAAUCAAAAACUACCAGUCCAAGAACCCAUCACAAAUAUGACAAUGAACUGAUAGCUCUUACAUCAGCUACAGGUGUAGGAGCCCAUGGUCAAAGAACAUAUACGUUUGAUUUCCAAAUACCACAUAAUGCCAUGAUUCCAAACUUCGCCGGAAGUUAUCUUUUUAAACAGUGGUGUGUACUAAACGUUGAGGCAGUAAUACCAGGAUGUCACUCUAAUUUGGAUAUUUCUACCGGUGUAAAAUUAGGUCAUAUUCCACUUAUUGGAAAUCAGUUUCCACCUUCCCAAGUGAAUAUGAUACCAGUGCAUGAAGCACCAGGAGGAGCAUUCCCGUCUCGUACAAUGUAUGAUGAUCCAUCGUCUAAUCCUCCUCCCUACCCUCCAGAAGGCGAGAAAGCUCCACCAUAUCCAACAGGCCCUGCUUCAGGUUUUCCUGUUCCCAACGGGGCUGGUUUUAGUGGAGCUCCCUAUCCAGAGAAAGGAAUGCCAAUGCCUAUGCCACCAGGAGGAGCUUCCUCUAGUGGCGCAAGUGCUCCAAGAGAAGACGGUACUCCAUCUGCCCCUUCAAAAGCACAAUUGGCAGAGAAAGAUAGUUUUGAAAUGAUAGAUGAUGGUGCAUCAGAACCACCUCCGCCAUCUUAUCAAGAUAGUAUGAAAGGAGAUUUUUCUUCAAAUCCAACUGCUCCAUCAGCACCGCCAAAGUAAAUAUGAUUCGAUACUAAAAAAGUGUUAAAAGUGGUUUAAAACUCUGCCCGUCAACUACGACAGCUCGAAUCUACAAAUAAUAGUAAAAUGCCUAAUGCGACCACCAUGCCAAAAUCUUAAAUCAAUAUUUGACCCUCUAGCUCUUGUAUGUGUUAACUUUUUUGUCUUUUGAAUAUUUAUUUAUAGUACGGUCUCAUUUGCACCUGUUUUUAAUUGUGAAUAUAUUUCUGCCGCCUAUUCCGUUUUGCAGGCAAUGCUGAUGUCAUUGGCAUAGGCGGCAAUCUGUAUUGAUUUAUAUUAGGAGAUUAUCUAUAUAUAACAAUAUAUAUUAGGAGAUUAGCUCUUCCUACAUUCAACUGCCUUUUCACAUAUUCAACAGACAGGUUAAAUAGGUGCCAAACCGU